AUGGCCGCUUUCGGGCUGCUCAGCUAUGAGCACCGCCCGCUCAAGCGGCCGCGCCUGGGGCCGCCCGACGUCUGCCCUCAGGACCCGCGGCAGAAGGAGGAUGAGCUCCCUGCAGUGAAUGUAAAGCAAGGCUUCAGUACUCAGCCUGCCUUCUCCGGGGAUGAGCGUGGAUCUGCCAGGAACGUUGUCAUCAAUGCCUCCAAGGGUGGUUCUUACUUCAGCAGCAUACUGGCAGAAAAGCUCAAGCUCAACACUUCCCAGGACACAGGAAGGAAGAAACCACAAGUAAAUGCCAAAGACAACUACUGGCUGGUUACUGCUCAGUCUCAGAGUGCCAUUCACAACUGGUUCAUGGAUUUAGCAGGAAGUAAACCACUGACUCUCUUAGCCAAAAAGAUACCAAAAUGCUCCUGCCUCUUAGAAUGGACUCAGAUUAUAACUAAAUUCCUUCGAGAGCAGCUGGUGAAGGUUGCAGAGUUCUACCACCUGACUGCCAGUCCAGGCAGCAGCUCUGUAGUGAUGCCUCAAGAGAUGGAACAAGCCCUGAAGCAGUGGGAAUAUAAUGAAAAAUUGUCCUUUUAUCUCUUUUGGGAAGGAAUGCUGGAGAGACAUGAAUAUUUAACAUGGGUACUGGACAUUCUGGAAAAAAUCAGACCCACUGAUGAUGACCUUCUCAAGCUGUUGUUGCCACUGAUGUUGCAGUACUCGGAGUUUGUUCCAUCAGCCUACCUGUCCCGCUGCCUCGCCUGCUUCUGCCUGCUGCUGGGUGAUGCCCCCAGCCUCCUGGCUGCACCCCCUUCUCAUCUGAUCCUUGGGCAGGUCACCCUGCCCUGGCAGCCGCCUGGCUCCUGGCGGAGCCCGGUUCAGCUGCCCUGCUCCGAGAUCCUCUCCUGCCCUCAGCACCGGCCGCUGCUGUAUGGACUCAGCUGUAUGCUGCAGAGACUGUAACUCUGUUGCCCAAGUGCCUUGGUGUGGAAUUAUUCCACCAAUUUUCAUUGAAGUUCGUAAGUUUCAUUUCAGGUUCAUAAGAACCUGAAUCCAGGCUCACGUCUGGAUUUACUUCAUGUUGCUCCAUCUGGUUUGCCAAUGCCAGGGGGGAACUCAGCCUUUAAUCAGCAGGUUAGGGCAAAGAUUUCUGAAGUAGAAGAGCAGAUCAAACCAAGAGGCCAAGCUGUGGAGGUUCGGUGAUCUUUUUACAAGUGCCAAGAAUCAACUGCAGGGGUGACCAUCAGCAGAGUGUGGCACACCUUGGAGGUGUUGGAUCGGCACUGCUCCAACAGGUUGGACUCCAGCAGUUCCCCAGAGACUCUUUAUCACAAGAUUUUCUGGGCAAACCAAAGUAAAGAUACUCAAGAAGGAGCCCCCAGCGAUGAGGCCGUGGUGAUGCUGCUCUGUGAAUGGGCUGUGAGCUGCAAAAGGUCUGGUAAGCGCAGGGCCAUGGCUGUAGUCAAGCAGCUGGAGAAGAGGCAAGCAGAAAUUGAAGCAGAAAGAUGUGGGGAAUCUGAGGUCCUGGAUGAAAAGGAAUCCCUGUCUUCAGCCUCCUUGGCAGGUUCCAGUCUUCCUGUCUUUCAGAAUGUCCCUCUAAGGUUUUUGGAUACACAAGCUCCCUGGUUAUCUGAUCCAAACAGUGACCAGGAGAAGACAGAGUUUGUGAACUUGGUGCUGCUGUUCUCUGAAUUCACCCAGCACAGCGUUUUCUCCCACGAUGCCUACAUGUGCGCUUUCAUAGCCUGGGGAGACUUGUCCAUCACUGCAACCCCCAGACCACAGUCACCUCCUGGGGACAUGGGGCAGCAACAUUGCUCCAAGGACCAUGAUGUGAAACUGCAGGACCAUAGUGGUAUGGAACACAUGGGCAUUGACUCAGGAGCCACCAGUGUUUUUGAUGAUGUAGACAAGAGUGACUUUAAGGCAGAAUUUGAUUUGGAGUUUCCAGAUUUCUCUCUGAUGCCUGGGGAGCCCUGUGAGAGUGUGAACCCCUCCUUAGACAGAAGGAUUUCAGCUGCCAGCAAGAAGUCAGUCAAGAGGGAAGGACUGAGGGAAGUGAUUUUCCCAUCCAAUUAUGACCUCCUGUGCCACUUGCAGUACGCAACGCAUUUCCCUGUGCCUCUGGACCAGUCCUCCAGCCACGAGUGCAACCAGCGCAUGGUCCUGCUGCACAGCGCGGGCAAGGAGUGGGACAAAGCCAGGCAGCAGCUGAAGAGGAUCACCAAGGACAUCCUCAAGAUUCUGAACAAGAGGAGCACCACUCAGCUGGGUGGAGAGGUUGGGGAUGAAGAGCAAAAAGCCAGGAAGAUGAAGCAAGAGGCAUUUCCCAGCCUGGAGACUGUGUUCACAAAACUGCAGAAGCUGUCCUGUUUUGAUCAACACCAGGUGACGUCUCAGAUCUCCAGUAAUGUCCUGGAACAGACCACAAGCUUUGCCUCAGGGACAUCCUAUCAUCUGCCCUUGGCUCACCACAUCCAGCUCAUCUUCGAUCUGAUGGAGCUGGUGCUGAACAUCAAUGGGCUGAUAGACUUUGCAUACAGGCAAGCAGAGGUCGUGCUGGGGGGCGACGCCGAAAUCGGCAGCACCAACGUCAGCUCCUUGAAGGGUGACGACUUCCACAAGGGAGGCUUGUUAGAUGAGCUCACGGAGGAGGAGAUCUGGGGGUCCUCUCAGCCUCUGGAGCCCUGGGGAAAAGCUGCUCCCAUAGAAACUGCCAGCCUGACCAAGUAUGCUCGCUAUGUGCUGAGAACCAUCUGCCAGCAGGAGUGGGUGCCUGAGAGGCUCUGCACAGACAAAGAUCUGAUUUUGGACCCUGUUCUUUCAAACAAGCAAGCACAGAAACUCCUCCAGCUUAUCUGUUACCCUCAUGGCAUUCAAGAGUGCUCCGAGGGUGAGAACCCUCAGAGGCAGCACAUCAAACAAAUACUUCAGAAUUUAGACCAAUGGACUCUGCAGCAGUCCUGGCUGGAGCUGCAGCUGAUGAUCAGGCAGUUCAUGAAGGAGCCUGAUUCUGGGGCUGUGGUUGACGUGAACAGCUUGUUGGAUAAUAUUGCAAAGGCAACAAUAGAGAUGCUUGAGCACUCUGCUGAUCUAAACAGCCUCAAGUGUGCAGGUUGUACAAUGCCCAGAGCAAGCAUGUCUCUCCUGAGCCAGCAGCCUUUCCUCUCACUGGUACUCACUUGCCUUAAGGGACAGGAUGAGCAGCAGGAAGGGCUCCUGGCAUCUCUGCAGACCCAAGUGAAUCAGAAGGAGCUCGGGGACAAGCGGUCGGAGAGCAUCGCCAGGGUGCGGCAGCUGCUGCCCCUGCCCAAGCACACCUGCGAGCCCAUGGGCUCCCUCAUCGACACCAAGGGGAACAAGAUCGCGGGCUUUGACGCCAUUGACAAGAAGCAGGGUCUUCAGGUUUCCACAAAACAAAAGGUGUUCCCUUGGGAUUUAUUUGAAGGUCACAGAACUCCUGCUCCUCUCUCCUGGGCGUGGUUUGGUUCCGUUGGUGUCGACAGGAAGGUGAUAAAGUACGAGGAGCAGCAGCACCUCCUCCUCCAACACACACACCCCAAGCCCAAGUCAAGGACUUACUGCCUCGAGCCCUUGCCCCUUCCUCCAGAAGAUGAGGAGGAGGAGGAGAAGCCCAGCACACCUGUGUCUCAGGAACCAGAAAGAAAGUUAGGAGAGCUCUGUGACCAAGGCAAACAUGCCAUGGAUGAUGAGAAGAAGACAAAGGGCAGGAAGAGGAAGUCAAAGUUAAGCUCAAGGGCUGAUGAAUACCCCCAGAGCAGCCUCUACAGACUGCCUCCCACCUACUCUCCCCUGAUGCUGCCCCAUCCUCAGCCUGCCCUCUGGGGCUACAGCGUCCUGGGGCAGCCAGCCACCACAGCCCAGCUUCUUCAGGCAGGGCCAGCCCCUCCAGGUGGCUCCAGGCUGGAUGCAGCAGGCUCCUUUGUCCCAUUCCACACCAAGCAAGCCCUCUGCAACCUGCUGCAGUGGCACUUGGGCACCGUGCUGCAGCCCCCCUCCGUCCAUGCAGUCACCCCCCAGCAGCAGCUGCUGCAGAUGAAGCUCCUGCAGCAAGAACAGCAACAGCAGCUCCUCAGGCAGCAGGCACAGUCACAGCUGCUCCAGCAGGGUCAGCUGAUGGACCAAGCUGCUAUUUUCUCUCCCCAAGUUCACCCCCAGUCACAGCUCCCAGGGUUGGAGCAAGCACAGAGCCUGCCCCAUGGCUACACCACGUACAGCACCCUGCCUUUGCAGCAGCAGCAUGGGGCCCUGGUGCUGCCCCCCAGCUACACCCCCAGGACCUACCCUGCAGCCCACCCCAGCCCCUCACUGAUGGAGCAGCUGCAGCAGAUGCAGCCCGGAGGGUACCUCCUGCAGCAGACUGCUGCCUACGCCCCGAGGUAA